AUACUUUAAGAAAUCAAUGUAGAGUAGCAAAAUUGAAUCUUUUCCAUAAACUAAAAAACACCAUCCCCCCUCCCCCGCAAAAUUUGUCCAAACGGCUCCAAAUCAAGAUUUGAAGUAGAAGAUAGGUAAAUAUGGGAAGUGAUAUGUGCCCAGAAUAGAAAAGAAAUUUUACAGAUCCUCACUGUCAUGUCUACUCACCAAAAUUCUGAAUCUUUCCAAAAGAUAGCAGCAUAUAAAUUAUAAUAGUGAAGUAUGGCUAUGGAAACAGAUCAGCUAAGCACGUUCCUCUUGUCACAUCCCACAUCAUCAUCUCCUUUUGAACUAGUUUUAAGAUCCCAUCUCUUUACUGUCUUUUUACUCAGUUUUAAGAGAGCCCAUUUAAUUGCCCAUUCAAAAGAGCAUAUGGGGUUUUCUUAAAGUUUCUUUCUUUGAAUGUUUCAAUACCAAUUGUCUCUAUAUAAAGUUUCAGUCUUUUAUGUGGAUUUAGCAAGAUUUUCCAGUUCUGUUUCUCCCAGGUGUUCCAAUUAGGAGAAGUUGGAAAUUCAUUUUUUCUACAUAAAAUCAAGAAACUGAUUUAUUCAGGAUGAGUGGAGCUGUGCUAAUUGCACUUGCUGCUGCCAUUGGCAACAUGUUGCAAGGAUGGGACAAUGCGACAAUAGCAGGAUCUGUUCUUUACAUAAAGAAGGAAUUUAAUUUGCAAACACAGCCAACCAUGGAAGGCCUAAUUGUUGCGAUGUCUCUAAUUGGAGCAACAGUGAUCACAACAUUCUCGGGACCUGUAUCGGACAUGCUUGGGAGACGUCCAAUGCUUAUAAUUUCAUCAGUACUUUAUUUCCUCAGUGGAUUAGUAAUGUUAUGGGCUCCAAAUGUUUAUGUGUUGCUUUUAGCAAGGCUCUUAGAUGGAUUUGGAAUUGGUCUUGCGGUGACACUUGUUCCUGUCUAUAUAUCCGAGACUGCCCCACCAGAAAUAAGAGGGCAAUUGAAUACAUUUCCACAGUUCACCGGUUCUCUCGGAAUGUUUUUGUCAUACUGCAUGGUUUUUGGAAUGUCAUUGACACAAGCACCAAGUUGGAGGCUAAUGCUUGGGGUUCUAUCAAUUCCUUCUCUUGCUUAUUUCUUUCUUACAUUGUUUUACUUGCCUGAAUCUCCAAGGUGGCUGGUCAGUAAAGGUCGAAUGAAGGAGGCUAAACAAGUUUUACAGAGACUACGUGGCAGGGAAGAUGUCUCAGGUGAAAUGGCAUUGCUAAUGGAGGGUUUAGGUGUUGGAGGUGAAGUAUCUAUAGAAGAGUAUAUAAUUGGUCCGGACAAUGAACUUGCGGACAACCAGGAUGAGAAAGAUCAGAUCAAGUUAUAUGGAGCUGAAGAGGGUCUUUCAUGGAUAGCAAAACCUGUCACUGGACAAAGUACUCUAGGUCUGGUCUCUCGUCACGGGAGUAUGGCAAACCAAAGCAUGUCUCUUAUGGAUCCGUUGGUUACUCUAUUUGGCAGUGUUCAUGAGAAGAUGUCUGAGAUGGGAAGCAUGCGAAGCAUGCUCUUUUCAAAUGUUGGCAGCAUGUUCAAUAUCACAGGGAAUCAAGGAAAAACUUAUAAUUGGGAUGAAGAAAGCCAAAAGGAUGAGGAAAAUCAUAUGUCUGAUGGUUCUGGGGCAGAAUCUGAUGACAAUCUGAGAAGCCCGCUGCUCUCACGUCAAGGAACAAAUGCAGAAACAAAUAUGGGACCUCCAACAUCAUUAAGCAUGAGGCAAGGCAGCAAUUUCAUGCAGGCGAAUGGUGUCGGCGAGCAAGCCAGCAUGGGUAUUGGUGGUGGUUGGCAGUUAGCAUACAGAAAAGAUGAGAAAGAUGGAGCACUCAAAAGGAUCUAUUUACAUGAAGGAGGCACUGGAUCACGACGAGGAUCCAUUAUUUCUCUUCCAGGGGAUGCUCAUGCAGAUCAAGGUGAAUUCAUUCAUGCUGCUGCUUUAGUGAGUCAGUCUGUUAUUCGUGCUGAGAGCCUCUUGGGUCAACAGUCUAUCGAAGAAGCAAUUGAGACACAAUCUGAAACUGUUACGAAGAAGUCAGUCUGGAAAGCACUUCUUGAGCCAGGAGUCAAGCAUGCACUGAUUGUUGGAGUUGGACUUCAAAUACUUCAGCAGUUUUCCGGAAUCAACGGAGUUCUUUAUUACACUCCUCAAAUUCUUGAACAAGCAGGCGUAGGAGUUCUGCUAUCGAAUAUGGGCAUUGGUUCCGACUCAGCGUCUCUCCUCAUAAGUGCUGUCACAACUUUGUUAAUGCUUCCCACCAUUGGUGUUGCAAUGAAACUAAUGGACUUUGCUGGCAGAAGGUGGCUUUUGCUGGCUACUUUGCCCGUCUUGUUAUCAUCACUUAUUGUACUAGUCCUUGGCAAUGUUAUUAACAUGGGUGAGGUCAUGCACGCUGUGAUCUCCACUGUUAGUGUUGUGGUCUACUUCUGCACCUUUGUUAUGGGCUUUGGUCCGAUCCCAAAUAUCCUCUGCUCUGAGAUAUUUCCCACCAGCGUUCGUGGAAUCUGCAUUGCUGUAUGCGCUCUUACUUUUUGGAUCGGAGACAUCAUUGUCACCUAUUCACUCCCCGUUAUGCUUACCUCCAUUGGACUUGGAGGUGUCUUUGCCAUCUAUGCUGUCGUGUGUGCCUUGGCUUGGGUAUUCGUUUUCUUGAAGGUUCCUGAAACAAAGGGCAUGCCCCUUGAAGUCAUUACAGAAUUCUUCGCCGUUGGAGCUAAGAAAACAGCUACAGAAUAACUACCUACACUAGAGAUUUGAAAAACUUACUGUUUUCUUUCCCUGAAUAUGAGGUCUACACAAUGCAUCCAACUGUAUUUUCGUUACUCGAGGCAAUUCAUGCAAGACCUACAGAAACGUUGGUGAUUUCCCAGAAGGAAGUGAUCACUUAACAAGAUUGUAGUCAUGGUUUCAUCUCUUUCAGAGUUUCAAGAUUUGGAUAUCAGUUUGUCAUUAGCAUCAUCUAAUGUUAAUUUUUGAACAUGUUCUUGAUACACUUGCUUAUACUUCUUCCUUCAUAAUCUAAGUAGGCGGUUUGCGCAAUAUUUUGAAGUUGAAAAAACGAGUAUUUGAAGUUGAAGUUGAAAAAGAGUAUUUGGAAGUCAAGUUGUCUUUGGACAUGAAGUUCACUUGAAAAAAAAGUUGAAGAAUUGUGAAA